AUGGAUGAUACUGAAGCAACCGCCGGGACGGCGCCCUCAGAGCCUCCGCAGCUCCCUUACUCUUUGCGCACAAGGAAGAAGUCGAUCGCGUUCUUCUGGAUUCUCUUCAUCAUCGAUACAAUGGCUCAACCGCUCAUCCUAUACUGGUGUCUAUGGUAUCUCACCGACCUCUCUCACAACGUCGUCUUCAGUAUUGUGACUGCGUCCUUGGGAGGUAUCUCGGUUUUCGAAUACUUCUAUCGGUUAUACAAUCUCUUUCGCAAAGAUUCUCGCGCUCGACCCUUGAAUGCACCGAAAGGAUGGCUGGACUUCUUCCACAUCAACUUUACUAUCGUUUGGUUGAUCCUCGCAAUUGAGUUGAUUGUAGGAACUGUACCAGAAGAGCCAUAUGUGCGUCUCGUUGCAAUGGUCCUCCCAACCGUUAUGUUCUACUUUGGUGGUGUCUACCUCACCCUUGACAUCCUGCGCGCAUGUGGUGUGAAAGCACCGUUCCGAAUCUCCUCCACGCCCAAAGGCUCAACAAUGCCCACCGCCCUGUAUGUGCUCAUUGAAGACGUGGUUGCCGUGGAUGGAGGUGGUGGUCAGAUUUAUCGAUACGCCCUUCGCACGCGGUACCUCUCCAGCCCGUACUUCCGCCGUAUGCUGUUUCAGAUGAACUGUUUCUGGACCGGAGGAUCCAUCGUAUGCGCUGCCGCUAUCACCGCGAUCAUAUUCACCGUGGAGGAGCCGGUUGCCUAUACUCUGGGCUGGACGCUUCCAUUCGCCUGGGCUGGAGUUUGGACUUUGAUCACUAUCCCAUGGGUUCAGAGUGAUCUUCGACGCGAAAGACAAUCGUGGGGCGCAAACCACGGUGAAGGAGGCAUUGCGUAUACCGACGACCCGAAUGCGCCAUCCGCUCGGACACGACUCGAAAGUGUUCAUGACCGUUUGCCGAAUCUAUUCCCUUGGGGCCGCGAAAAGGAAACUGCGCCAUCAAGCCCAUCCGCUCAAUCCUGA